AUGUCUCCCCCUUCUUUUCCUUCUUUUCUUCAAAAAAGAAAAAAUUCACAAGCUCUUGUGUGCUUUUCGAACACGAUGUACAACCCAGGACAAGGAGGAGGUGGAGGAGGAGGAGGAAUGGGAGGAGGUCACGACAUAAAUCCGAGCACGACGACGACGAGCACUAUGAACAGCGGUGGGGGAAAUACUGGCGAAGCCUUGCACGCUUCUCAUUUCACUCGUCAACGACGAGCGGCGGUGAUGCAUUCUCACGUUCGAUCUUCCUCCUCCUCGGGAGGACACUUACACGAUUUAGCAGCCGACAACAACAGCGACGAUCAUCACCGUAAUCAUCAUCAUCAUCAUCGCGGAGUGUACGGUGGGAAGAAUAGCAUGAUGAGUAGUGGCAGUAAUAACAACAAGAGAGAUUUUUCGCACUCGAAGAGGACGUUUCGGAAACAAACUUUGUUUGGAAUCGUAUUCGGAAUAGUCAUGAUGAUUGCGUUAGCCUUGGGCGCUUCGCUGUUGGCGAAAGUCUUCGUGAAUACGAAUACGAGUAGCAGUCCUUCCUCGCUUUCAAAAAUGAAUAAUAAUAAUAACAACAAAAGAGCAGAACACGCGGGCGUCUUCUCGCCAGUCGCAGAGGGAGAUUCGAGAGUCGAACGGUUCAUGGCGAAAUCGAACUGUACGUUGAAUUUCUUCCUCGCGUGGACGACGAGCGCGGCGAAGUUUAGUUUACGAUACAGACGAACAGUCGAAUCGACGUUAAAGUUUCACCCAGGUGCGUGUUUAAUAGUUUACUCGCCGACGAUGCAGUUGGAUCAUUUCCAACGCUUUUGGGAUCUGGGAUAUAACAUCAUAGUAGAACGACCGGAUGUUCCGUAUUUGAUUCGCGGCACCCCGGCGGAGGCGUGGUAUCAAGGCAUCGAUAAGUGGAAGAAUGGGGAAUAUUUCUUCUCUCACAUCACAGAGAUUAUUCGUUUAGCGACUUUGUGGAAGUACGGUGGCGUGUAUUUAGAUACCGACGUCGUCGUCAUGAGAGAAUUGGAUAAUCUUCACAACGCGGUUGGGACCGAGUUAGCCGACGAAAGAGGCGAGGCGAAAGUUCUCAACGGGGCUGUUUUAGCCUUUCGAAAAGGCUCUACGUUUAUCCACGAGUGCAUGGUUGAAUUCAACACCACGUACAGAAUUGACAGUUGGGGUUGGAACGGUCCUCAGUUAGUCACUCGGGUCGCGGCGAGGUUCCCUCAAGGCCCGGAGUUGCAAAUUUUACCCACCAUCGGCUUCUAUCCCAUUCACUGGGCGAAGGUGAGAAAAUAUUUCACGGACGAGGACCCGGCGGAUCAACACGCCGUCUGGGAACGCAUGAAGAGAGAAACGUACUUGUUUCACUACUGGAAUAAAAUAACCGUAAAGUUAGUCCCUACCCCUGGUUCGUUGAUGUAUAAAGUUUUGAACAACUAUUGCUUGUUCUGCGAAGAAACCGGCAUGGAUGGGUAA